AUGUCUACAGACUACACCUACGAUGACAAGGGGCAAUUUUUCCCGUUCUUCGUCCUGACUCUUUCGGGUCUUGUCACGCUCCCUUUAACCUACAACCUCCUGAAGCCGAGCAAGGAGCUCGAGAACACCGCCCCCCGCAUCAAAUCAGACUUCAAGCCCAAGGAUGGCGACCUCAUUGAGGCGCAAAAGCGCAAACGCCUGCGCAAGGAACGUCGGAUCAAGCGCAUCAUCACCGUCAUUGUGGGCUACGCUGUUAUGGCAUGGAUGGUCUAUUUGAUUAUCGUUACCGCGAGGACAACACCAAAAGUUUGGGAUCCUUAUGACAUCUUGGGUAUCUCAAGGAGCGCCGAUGAGAAAGCUAUCUCUAAGCACUAUAAGCGUCUUUCCCUUCUCUAUCACCCUGAUAAAGUUCGCCCUGAUCCUUCCAAGAAUGAGACUAUGGACAUGCUCAACGACCGUUUCGUGGAGCUAACCAAGGCCUACAAAGCCCUGACGGACGAGGAAGUGCGCAACAACUACAUCCAGUACGGCCAUCCAGACGGCAAGCAGAGCUUCAGCAUUGGUAUUGCUCUGCCGCAGUUCAUCGUCACCGAAGGGAAUGGAAAGUACGUCCUCCUGGUCUACGGCGGGCUUCUUGGUGUGCUCUUGCCUUAUAUUGUUGGACGCUGGUGGUACGGCUCGCAGCGCUACACAAAGGAGAGAGUGCUGGUCGCCAGUGCCGGAAACAUCUUCCGGGAAUACAAGGAGGAUAUUCUUGAGAACGGAAUUGUCAACGCUUUGUCGUCGGGUGACGAGUUCAAGGAAAUGCUCGCAGGCAGACAUCCCGAUGCCGGACUGGCCAAACUAGAAAAGAAAGUCUUGGCCGACGACUCUGUCCUCUCGCCUCAAGACCGGAAGACCCUGAAGGAGCUCGAUGAUUCUACGAGACGGAAAACCCUGGCUUUGCUGUGGGCUUAUCUAGGCCGUAUUGAUUUGGAGGAUAGUACCUUGAAUGGAGAGAAGUACGAGGUGGCCCCAAUUGCGCUGUCCUUGAACGAAGCGUUCACUGCCAUCUCACUUGCCUUUGGCAACGCCCGUCCUAUCCUUGGUUCCUUCCGCACGUCUCAGAACAUCAUCCAAGCUGUCGCUCCCGAGUCCUCCCCUCUCCUGCAACUCCCCUACUUCACCAACGAGGUCGUGAAAUCCGUCGAGGGUGCUGACGCUAAGGACCAUUACACUGUUCAGAAGUUCAUGAAAUUGUCCGAGGAUAAGCGUCGCGCUCUCACUAUCGGCGCCGGACUCCUGUCUGAAAAGCAAUACAACGCGGCCAUCUCUGUCGCCAAACAACUUCCCGUCCUCGAGGUCUCCAAGGCGUUCUUCAAGGUCAUGGGCGAGAAGGUCAUCACCCCUAGCAGUCUGGUGCAGCUAGUCGUGAAGGCCCGGUUCAUCCCACCUGGCUGCACAGGCGUGCCGGAAGUGGACCCGAUCGAUCUGGAAGACAUUGACCCCGAUGAAGACGAUCUCGAUGCCCUCAUGGGCAGGAAGCCCGCGAAGAACAAGACAAUCAAGACGGCCAACGGCCAAAAGGUCGAGUCUAAAAUUGAAAAGAUUCAGCCCCCCCUGGCCCAUGCCCCGUAUCUGGCUCGCGACCACUCUCCCCGCUGGCAUGUCUUCCUCGCCGAUGGCAAGCAAGGCAAGAUGGCUGUGCCGCCCUUCACUUUCACCACUUUCGACAAGCCCCUCUUCGACGAGGCCGGAAAGCCCACCUUCAACGUCCAAACCCUCAAGAUGCAGUUCCAGGCUCCUCCCCAAGUUGGUGACUUCACUUUUGUGAUGCAUCUGCUCUGUGACAGCUACCUUGGUCUAGACACCAAGAUGGAGGUCACGCUCCACAUUGACGACCCCGCCAAGGCAGCUGCCCUGGAUGAAGAAGACGAUAUUAGUGAACCCGACGAAGACUCCAUCGCGGGUCAGAUGCACGCCCUCAAGACCGGUCAAGCGCCCAAGAAGAAGGCUAGAAAGCCCUCCGACGAGUCUAGCGAAGAAGAGAGUGAUACUGAAGGGGACGCGGGCGACACAAGCGAUACCAAUACAGAAACCGACGUUGACGAGUAA